AGAGGCUCCCGGCCCCGCCCCGGAGGCGGCACCGCCGGGAGAGGCACCACCGGCCCCGGCAGCACCGCGUCGCCGCUGCCCGCACACGGCAGGAUCUACCCGGGGAAGGGAAAAAGCAUGACCAAGAUGAACUGCAUCCUGCUGACCGCCUGCGUCCUUCUGAUUGCUUUUUGUGGCUCUGGUUAUACCUUAAGAUGUUACCACUGUGACAACAGCCCUACCCUGUGCAGGACCAACACCACCUGCUUGACGACUGAAGACACUUGCUUGCAGUUGAAAUUUGGUAAAUUGAGAACUUUCUCCUGCUGGAAGUCAUCCCAGUGCAGUGUGAAUGAAAUUGCCGAUUCCUUCCUGCUGGAUAAUUUUGAAUUCUUUUGCUGCUCACACGACCUGUGCAAUGAGAGUGCAAUUACUGGGGUUAACAAAGCAGCCUUCAGUAUUGCUUCUGUAAUGGCCGUGUUAUGGAUGCUCCUGUAAUAACCCUGAUCUGUAAGCUGUCCUUUCAAGAUGAAAUUACACAAAACCAUUAACUCUUUUCUGUAUUGCGUCUUUUCAGCUCCUGUCCAUAGGCAGAAACAUUCCCUCGUAAUUUUGUUUUCUCAAGGUUCUGUCUGUUAAGUCACCGUCUCCAUUCAUGGGGAGGAGAUGUGUGUUGUUACCAGCUACUGGGGGUUUUGAUCUGUCUCCCCGGUAAUGGGGAAGAUCAGCUCUUGUGAACUCAUGGCAUCUUGUGGAGAACCUGGGCAAACUCCAGUGGAUGAUGUGAAGGAGAAGGAACACUACAGCUUUUCUCCUGGAAGCUGUCAUUUUUUUCCCUGUCCCGUAAACUGUCAUUAUUUUUGAUUGGCAUUUCUGUGGGCUUUGAUUUGUUUUGCUUCAGAUCCUCCUUGUCACAAAGCAAGCAGUGGGUUUGCCCUCAACACAAGAAGUGUUGGAUCACGAGUGUACCUUGCUGCAGUCUUUGUGAUGAAUAUGGAAAUAGUCAGUUUCAAGUCACGUAAACACUUUGUUCCCAUCACCAUACCUUUUUCUUUUCUACAAGCCAAUGAUAUAACCUUGUCAAGUGUUGUUAUUUUGGGAGAGAGCACUUACAUGUCUUAAACCAAAACCAAAAAUACUGCUAUAAGUGAGAAACACUUUUUUUUUUUUUUAAAUAUAUAUAUUUCUGUGAGCAUGUAGACAACAUGUGAUAGCUUCUUUUUUGAUUUUCCUCAUACAUUAUCCAUGCUUAGGAUUUUAAGUGAGCAUGUGCUUUGCACUGAGUAUUUACUGGUAUUCUGAAAAUCAAUUAUAAAAUGCUAAGGAGUUGAAAUGGCACAUGGAGGUUACUUCCCCACCUAGUUAGCUUUUGGGUUUUGUUGAAAACAGUGACGUGUAAACUUAACCCUUCAAGCUUGCACCUAAGUGCCCUAAAAUCAUGCAGAACUUUCUUUCCUUAAAUGCCAAUGCACAGUAUAGGUGUGUAUUUAUAUAGCAUGAAUAAAACCUGCUCCAUCUGUAGGUGUGAGAGGUUAAACACUGAAAUACUUACAUUGCUCUGCUCCGUGGUGGUGACAGACCUUGGGACAUCUCCAGUACCUGGGGACUCGCUCAGUCAGGUGGGAUGCCACAUCCUCCUUUUUCUUCUUCGGGGGCUGCUGGCGUAUCCCUGCCAGAGUUGUGUCCAUUGCCAAUGGGAUAUCCUCUUCCUGAGGACUCUCGCUUGUCCUCUUGACACCAGUGACACCAGUGACACCAGGGACACCAGUCACAACAACGGUGUUGUUCCAAAUCCCCGAUGUAUUCCACAAUGUACCUUUUGGUUGAGCUUAUUGUGCCUGUGAAAGUGUCCUGGGAUCUCUCCCAUCACUGGGAUGAUGGAAUUCAUCCUGUCUUUGAUUAAUAAAAGUUUCAAAAAAGAAGAA